UUAGUUUUCAAUUUUUCUAUCAUUUUAAGUAAUAGCAAUAUUUAAAAAGAAGUACUUUAGUCAUUGUAUAAUAAUCUAGUCCUCCUAAUAUCUCCAAAAAAAUCAAGCCAUUCGUAAAUGUUAGAAAGUUUUAAAUGUGUCCGAAUACUUUUGUCCCCCCAGUGUAUAUCGUUUCAUUAUCAACAUUUUUACGAUGAAUAAAUGGUUCACUAUCGUUUAUGUAAUACUAUCCAAUUCGUUUAAUACUGUUUCGUAUAUUCGUAACUAGAAUAAUGUUACUGUAAGGUGACCAGUUGCAAUGCCUCUUUACCGAAAGAUGUAAAAAUUAAGUAUUAUAUAACUUCUAUUUUCACGAAUUUUAAAUUUUAACAGACUAUAACAACGUCUACUGAUUUCAAGUACCAUUCAGUUAGUAUGGUUUCUGAUCAUCCCACAGUGACAUAUUCCGUUGAUUUAGACUUUAGAUGGCCUAUAUUUCCUCAUUCGAAGAUAUUUCAUUUUCAUCCAAAGAAACGUUUCCUUCGUCAUUUGUAUCAUUUUUGGUUUUACUGGAUGGUAGAAGCAUUUCUAAUGUUUCUUUUGUAAAUAGUUUGGUACUUCGAAUAUUCCCUUAAGCCACUCGUAAUUUUUUUAACAAAAAUAUUUGCUCUCACACGUGAUACAGCCUAAUGUUCUUUAGCUUUCUUAAUAUAAAUGCAGUUUCUGUUGAAAUAUGUCAUACAUAUAUACACAUUUAUCACUUUCAGGAUGAUCCACAAUUUGAGGUUUAUAAAAAUGUUCUCUAAAAAAAAGUAAUCAGUUAAAGAGUUUGCAGUCGUACAAAACACUAACCGAAUACACGUUCGCUCCUCAUUGCGGUCGAGUUUUGAUUACAAUGAAUUCUACAAAACUGCACUUUAGCCAGCUAGAUACCCCGCUGUACGAUCAUACGCGUCAUCGUUUUGAGAUAAUGAACGAGACGUCAUACAGUUUAUCUUAUUAUAAAGAAUUAAAGCACGCAGGAAGGAUAAAACGAAGGAAGGACAUUCCGAUCGUCACCUACGAGUUCUGGGUGAACGUGAUAUAUUCGAUGGUUGAUCGUAACAAGUUCUACGUCUACGGAAAAACCGCUACCAACUUCGGCAAAUGACAGAUGCUCAAGUUCUUCUUAAUACGCAGUGCUCCCUGGAUUUUCAAAUUGACCGGCAUGAAACUGUUUGAUCAGAUGUUCGCCAAAUUUUUCACGGAGCUGAUAAGAAACACCAUCAAGACCCCCUGUUCUCGUUAACUCUGUUAGCAAUGGCAGUGCUAUCGAUUUCUGUUAUCGUUAUCGCCAGGGCUUUGUUGAUAACGAUUUUAUAUUAUUAAAAUGUUUACAUUAAUGUUCGUACAUCGUUUCAUCCGAGGCUUGAAGGACAAUCUUUUUUCAUUCAUUGUAAUUUAUAAGUUGCCCGUAUCCGAACCUGUAUUCUUUAAAAGCAACUGUAUUGUUUCAUUUUUCUAUUGCAUUAUUUUUCAAUAUAUACAUCGUUCAUAGAAAUAUAUUAUGUUAGUAUUCAUUGAUUUUUGGCGAUCAUGAAUGCAGAGCUUUAUUUUCAGGACAAAUUCACAAGCAUAAAUAAGUUUUUGGUCUUUAUGUAAAGUAGAAGGUAGUAAGUAUAAUAAAAGUGAAUAAAUUGAAACUAUGGUAAAUACUGUAUCCGGAUCGUGAAUAUUAUGUAUUCAAUGUAGCAGUAAAAAGAUUAUUAAAACAUUUCAAAAGGUUUCAUCUCAUUUUCACAACUUAUUGAAAUUAUUCAAGAAACAGAUUUCUAUUUGGUCCUAGUUUCUUAUUGUUGAUGCAACAAAUGUUUAUUUCACGAUAUGUAAUUAUCAUUUUUGAUUCAUUUGACAUUGUGAAAGCAUCAAGUAUAAAUUGUCUCUACUUUAUAUCAGUCAUUAAUUGUGCGUUACUUCUUGCGUCUAUUUAUAGCGGUAGCCUGAGCACGACUCGCAAAAUACAGACUUCAACAUCGUUCAUCUAUAUCGGAACGGUCACCAUGGUGGACGUAUGGGUGUUGACCUUGGCGCUGUGCGUCGUGCUCAUCGCAGCACUUUAUUACUAUAUGACAGGAUUGUUACGUUAUUUCCGUGACCGCGAAAUCCCGGAGGUGAACAACUAUGCGAUCUUAGAGAUAAUAAAAGUAAUUUUCCAAAGGAUCACAGUCGCAGGUGUGGUAUUGAAAAUGUACCGAUCACAUCCAGACGCGAAGUAUGUAGGCUCCUUCGAUAUGCUCACACCGGUGCUAACGAUUCGCGAUCUGGAGCUGAUUAAGUCAAUCACGGUGAAGAAUUUCGAGCACUUCCAAGACCACAAGAUGAUCCUAGUCAGUUCGACGGAGCCUCUGUUCAACAAGAAUUUGCUCGGCCUGACAGGGGACCGAUGGAAAGAAGUGCGCAACUUGUUGAGCCCCGCGUUCACCUCCAGCAAGAUGAAGGCGAUGUUCACGCUGAUGCGCGAGUGUGGAGAUAGAUACGGGAAGUACUUUGCGACGCUACCAGAGAAUGGUAGGUCCGUAGAGCUGAAGGACGCCUUCACGAGGUAUACGAACGACGUGAUCGCCACCUGCUCUUUCGGUGUGAAUGUGGACUCGAUGGCCGAUCGUGACAACAAGUUCUACGUCUACGGCAAAACUGCUACCACCUUUGGUGCAUUGGAAAUGCUGAAGUUCCUCGUGCAACGCACUGUUCCACGGCUAAGCUUAUUCCUCGGAAUAAGGGUGCUGUCUCCGGCGAUUUGCUCUUUCUUCGAGAACCUAGUAGCGACUACAAUCAAAACCAGGGACGAACAAGGCAUCGUGCGGCCGGACAUGAUACAGUUGAUGAUGGAGACGAGGGGGAAGUUGGGUCCAGGAAAGGAACUCACGAUAGAAGAUAUGACAGCGCAAGCAUUCAUUUUCUACCUUGGUGGAUUCGAGAGCACUUCGAUCUUAAUGUGCUUCGCUGCCUACGAGAUAGGUGUAAACCCGGAGAUCCAGAAGAGGUUGCAGGAGGAGAUCGACGAGGUAUUGGAGAGUAACAACGGCGAGGUGACCUACGAGGCGAUCAACGACAUGAAGUAUUUAGACGCUGUUAUAAACGAAGCACUCAGGAUGUAUCCUGCAAUAGUCGUCACUGACAGAGUUUGUACGAAACCGUUCGAGCUGCCACCAGCAUUGCCAGGUUUGAAAUCACAUAUCAUUGAGAAAGACUGCCUCGUUUCCAUUCCGAUCUAUGGGAUUCAGCAGGAUCCUCAAUACUUCGACACGCCGACGAAGUUCAAGCCGGAUCGGUUUCUCGACGAUUCGAAGAAGAUUCUGAAUUCGGGGGCGUUUUUGAGCUUCGGCGCGGGACCGAGAAUGUGCAUCGGCAACAGAUUUGCGCUUUUGGAGACCAAAGUUUUGUUGUUCAACUUAUUUGCUCGUUGCAAUUUGAAGCCCAAUUCGAAAACAACCAUUCCGAUGAGGCUGAAAGGGUUCCAGAUGACGUCCGCAGGUGGAUUUUGGUUCGAUAUCGAGCCGAGAAAAGUCGCUGCUCCAGAUCUCGUCACCUCUGAUUGAAGUGAACGCGCUAUUUGUUUGCAGAGUAUAUACAAUAUAUUGUCGAAGAUUCAUGCAGUUUUUAUUUUUACGGGUUAUGUAUUUUUGUUUACAUAAAUUAAUGAUUGCGUAUCGAUUUACCUGCGAAUAUAGCGGAAAUUCAAUUAUAAAUGAAUGUUGAGUAAUGCUGCAUUAUUGGAAUAUGUA